AUGGCAGAAGUCUCUCCAGAGCAGCUUAACUCCCUGAGAGGACAAGCCCACCUUUUCACCCAACAAUCACCCGCAGCCCCCGCCAAGCAAUCGCAAGAAGGCGACUCAGCCCUACCGAAAGGCGUUGUCCUAGACAAAGAUGGCAAACCCUGCCGAACCUGCACCUCCGUCUCCUCAUGGCGCGCCUUGACAAAGCAAGCCAAAGCCGACUCUCCAUCUUCAAGCGCAAGCACAAACUCAAGCGCUGCAACCUCAACAACAGCCCCCACAGUCCCCCUCGCUGCACCGGCCUCUUCUUCCGCACCCUCUAUCCCCGCAGACUGCCCGCCCGAUGUUGAAGCGCUGGGCCGUUCUACCUGGACUCUCCUGCACACGAUGGCAGCGACGUACCCCGAAAAGGCAGACACGCAACAGCAAUCUGAUAUGCAGGGAUUCUUGAGUCUGUUCUCAAAACUCUACCCCUGCUGGGUAUGCGCGGAUGAUUUCAAGUCGUGGAUGGCGCACCCGAGUGGACGGAAUAAGCCGAAGGUGGGCGGGCGUGCGGAGUUUGGGUGGUGGAUGUGCGAGGCGCAUAAUGAGGUCAAUCGCAAGCUGGGGAAGAAGGAGUUUGAUUGUCGCUUCUGGGAGGAGAGGUGGCGGAGUGGAUGGAAGGAUGGGAGGUGUGAUUAG